ACCACACGUAACGUUACGUCAUUAGUGGAGCAGCGAGGGUGCCAAGUGGAGAACAGUGUACUGAGGUGAAAUUUAACAUUUUAAUUCGGGUUGAAAUGGCAGACUUGGGAUUGAAAGCAGGUGACCGGGUUCUGUUUGUAUGGACUCAGCCAUCAUCUCCAGCCCUUCUGAAGGAGUUCGCCGAAACUCUUGGGGGGCUUGUAGGUGAACAGGGGCAGCUGUCAGUGGAAAAUAUGGAAAGACUGGUGUUGUCUUCUCAUCCAGCAUCCAGCUAUGAUUGGGUUCUGUCUGGACUUCUGCCUGAUAGCUCGCCCAUCCACAACUCUGAGCUACUGGAGGAGAUUGCUAGAAUCAUGAAACCUGGAGGGAAGCUUGUUCUAGAGGAGGCAGUUACUGGCUCUGAAAGCAAUGGUGUGAGGACAGCAGAGAAGCUAAUGUCAGUCCUGAAGCUAUCAGGUCUGAUAUCAGUCACUGAGGUUAAGAAAGAACCUCUGAGCACAGAGGCCACAUCAGCUCUGAGAACAGCCACAGGGUUCCAGGGGAACACUCUGUCACGUGUGCGCCUAUCAGCAGCCAAGCCUAAUUAUGAGGCAGGCGCCACCAGCCAGCUAAAGCUCAGCUUCGCCAAGAAAACCCCUAAACCAGCGGAGAAACCAGCCCUCGACCCAAGUGCAGCCAAACUGUGGACUCUGUCUGCUAAUGACAUAGAUGAUGAUGAUGUGGAUCUGAUCGACUCAGAUGCUCUUCUUGACGCAGACGACUUGAAGAAACCUGACCCAGCCUCUCUGAAAGCCCCCACAUGUGGUGAAGGUGCAAAAAAGAAAAAAGCUUGCAAGAACUGUACAUGUGGACUAGCUGAAGAGUUGGAGCAGGAGAGUAAAGGAGCUCAGAAAGCCAGCCAGCCCAAAUCUGCCUGUGGAAGUUGUUAUUUGGGCGAUGCCUUCCGAUGUGCCAGCUGUCCAUACCUUGGGAUGCCUGCUUUUAAGCCAGGAGAGAAAGUGCUGUUGGACAACAUGCAGCUCACUGAUGCAUAGAUGUUUCAUAGACACUUGUCCAGUUCGUUGGCAGUCUACAUUCCUCCCUCCCAUCCCGUCAGCCUUUGAUUUUGAAUCUCAGCAUAGGUAGAAAGGUCAGAGCCACCAUUAAGCUGCACAUUUCAGACAUGUUUUGAGCUGGCUUUGCUCUCAUGGUGAUUCUGUGACAGCACCAGUAUCUGUUCCCCAUCACUGUAUUGCCAUAUAGUAAAGGUUUCCAAAGUGUGCUAUUUGUUCCCAUAACGUACAUGGCUAAAGUCAAGGUGGACUUAAUGGUAAACACUGUACAGUAUGUAAACUGCUUUCUAUAUCAAUAUUCACAAUCAGUAUACCAGCAGGUUCUAAUGCUGACCUUUCACAUGUGCACUUCAUACUCUACCAAUCGAAGUAGAAAAUUCCCGUGAUUUGUUCAUUUUUUUUUGUUUAUCUCCCCCGAAUCCCCGUUUCACAAAUUAUGCGCACAAAGUUCUGAAUUGUAUACUGAUGUGUCUGUAUAAAGUGUAAUAUUUAAGAAUAAAAAUGUAAUUACAGGUA